AACGUUACCGGCGGAGGGAUACAGUGCUGAAAACAGGCAAAGCCCACCCGUAUCGCUGGAUUGAGGUUUCUGGGCCACUCUGGUGCAACACAGGGAUACAGAUUCUCAAAAGACUCCCCGAGACAUAUAUCGCAAAAAAACCCCAUUAAAUAUAGUUUUCGAUACUUUAUCAGAGUAUCUUCCGUCCAAGCAAGACCGAAACAAAACCUUACAUCGGUCGUUUUGUCGUCUUCGCGAAGCUUGAAACGUCAACGGGACAAUGGCUGAUCAACUGACUGAGGAGCAGAUUGCUGAGUUCAAGGAGGCGUUCUCGCUGUUUGACAAGGACGGUGAUGGUACGAUCACAACCAAGGAACUCGGGACCGUGAUGCGCUCCCUGGGACAGAACCCCACUGAGGCUGAGUUGCAGGACAUGAUCAAUGAGGUGGACGCUGAUGGCAAUGGUACAAUUGACUUUCCUGAGUUUCUGACCAUGAUGGCCAGAAAGAUGAAGGAUACAGACAGCGAGGAGGAGAUCAGAGAAGCUUUCAGAGUCUUUGACAAGGAUGGUAACGGCUACAUCAGUGCAGCAGAGUUACGGCACGUCAUGACCAACCUAGGGGAGAAGCUCACUGAUGAGGAGGUGGACGAAAUGAUCCGCGAGGCUGACAUUGAUGGUGACGGUCAGGUCAACUAUGAGGAGUUUGUCCAGAUGAUGACUGCCAAGUGAAGAGAACACUGACAUUUCUCUCAACGUUGCUUGUCCUUCUGAGAUCGCUGUUUUUAAGAACCACAAAUAAAAGAACAAUUAUCAGAUGAUAAACCAAAUCCCCCCCCCCUCCUACCAAAACACUGUAGAAUCAGACAAAUUGCGCUUAAGUACAUCCAAAUACUUCGAUGGUAUCUGUUUAGCAAGCACCAACAGAAUAAUCCAUAGAGAGGUUAAUGGGCCAAGCUUUAAGAGGCCCUGUACUUCAGACCAAGUUUCUGCUGAGUCACCCAGCUCCUGAUUAAUUUAGAGGAAGGAGCAGUGCUGAGAAGGCAGAGGGAUUGGAGCCCUUGCCACAGUUGGUAUAGAGAAGUUGGCUAUUUCAUUCUUCCCACCAUUUAACAAAGAACUCUAAAUACUGAAUCGGGUACUCUUCUUGCAUGCACCCUUUCUGUGGCGUCCUCGUGUGACAACGAGGAGGCUCUGAUAAGAAGUAGUGGUCAGGCUGUGUACACACUGGAGGUAUAUACAUUUCUAUAUAGCUAUAUAUCUGUAACAUUUGUGUCACUAUUGGUUAUUUCAAGAGCAGAUAGUUGCGGUGUAGGGUGUUUGUUGGUGCUCGGUUGCAGUCCUUUAUAUCUUGAAGAGUUCAGACAAGAGCCAGAGAUGGAAAAGGGCAAUCUGUGUUUUCUCCUCUUGGGGGGGAGAUGUGUUGUCUGGUUUUGAGGUGUGGGCUUUACAGCGUGCCCACGGCAGUAAUUGCAGGCACGAGUAACUGAUAUUGCUUAUGGAGGAUAAUUGUGAAAACAACACUUGCACUGGACUGCAGUAAAUGCAUUUGUUCGGCCAUGUCCAGAUAUCCUGUUGAUACAAUAUUGAUGUGAUGCUUUAUAAAUGUAUUCUCAAAUAUUAAUGUAUUAACUUUGGUCACCAAAUAUAUCCAUAUAAAUAUCGUGUAUCGUACAGCUGUUGUAGUAAAUGACCCGUGACAUGUUUUACCUUUUUGGUUUUGAAAUGUGCCAUAAUACUCUAAAACGCCUCAACCUUCUUGCAAGACUUGUACUUCAUUAGAAUAUAAUGCAUCAACUUAACAUAAUAGCGCAUAAAAGUACAUGAAGUUGAACAUAUUUGCACUUUGGUAUAAACCAUGUGAAUAUUAAAAAGGUUUUGUUGUAAAAUGAACCAAAUGUCACUGUUGCUGCUGCUAUAACAACUCCUAUGUUACACUCAUUUCUCGUCCUUGUUGGUGUCUGAUCUUCGAUUAGUCCAGUGCUUCAAACUUCAAUCUGCUUGCUGUUUUAACAAACAAAAUACAUAUACUGUAUAUUCACAAAAAACGGUGGUGGGGGUGAUGUAUUUCAUUUGGGCUGUUCGAGUGGGACUUCAAAAUAGGGAUGAAAUGGGUUUGUAGCAAAGAAGGGAGAUUGUUUAGGGUUUUGAACAGAUGGUUAAAUUGACAAAGUUGGUUAGCUGAGGUAUCUUUAGAUAUCCCCACAUGCAUAAAACUUAAAUUCUGCUCUGCUUAAAGCGUUUUAAAAUUAGUUUGAACCGGAUGAAGAGAAGUGAAUGGACUGUUAACUUCUGAUGGUAUCUCAAAAAUGUAAAGAUGUGAUAUAUUUUACAUAAAUCAAUAAACUGAGCUUUACUUCACCUGCA